ACAUUACUCAUACAGAUGCUGAGUAGUCUCGUCGUAGAAAAACCUAUUUGUGGUGUUGUGUGCAGAAACUGAAGAAGAAGAAGAUGGGAAGCGAAGAGCAGAAGAAGAAAAACCCCAAGAAGAAGCAAAAGUUACCAAUCAACCCCAACUGGACUCAGCUCCAACAAACGCUACAAAUUCAUGGCUCUAGGCCUCCAAAAACAUCAAAUACAGAGACCCAAGGUUCUAUUUUAGGGAAACGUAAAGAAAGACCUGAUGCAGAGUCUGACAAAUCUCAGAUAAAUCCUCUCAUUCCAACCAAUGAUGACUUCAGCGUUACAGAUGCAAUAGCCAUGGAUUGCGAAAUGGUUGGUGUUGGUCAAGGAAACAGAAGUGCUCUUGGACGGGUCACUUUGGUCAAUCAGUGGGGAAAUGUUUUGUAUGAUGAGUUUGUUCGUCCAGUAGAACGUGUUGCUGACUUCCGUACACAAAUUAGUGGCAUUCGACCCCGGGACUUAAGGAAAGCAAGGGAUUUUUCAACCGCUCAGAAGAAAGUUGCAGUGUUGAUCAAAGGAAGGAUUCUUGUGGGUCAUGCCUUGUCCAAUGAUCUUAAGGCAUUGCUGUUGAGUCAUCCCAGGAAGGACUUGCGGGAUACAUCAGAAUAUCAGCCAUUUCUCAAGGGACGACGCAGGAAGGCACUCCGGCAUCUUGCAGCUGAGUUUCUUGGUGCUAAGAUCCAGAGUGGAGAACACUGCCCUAUAGAGGAUGCCCGUGCUGCAAUGCUGCUAUACCAGAGAAACAAAAAAGAAUGGGAGAAGAGUAUCAGAGAUCAAAUGAGACUCAGACAGAAACAGAAUAAAUGCAACCAAAAAGGGAAAACGAACGAGGGGGGUGCUCUAGAUGUCAACCGUGUUGCAAUUAUAUCCUAGCAUUCACUCCCCGUUGAUGGUUCUGCUAACAUUUUCGAAAUGUGCAUGUACAAAUUUGAAAUUCACUUCAAAGUUGUUCAGCACGCUAGCCUCCAGAUUGUGAAAGAAGAUGAAGCAGCCGGCACAAUUAUAUCCAAGAACCAACUCCUAUAUUAAACAAAUGGGAUACGUAUAAUCUCACUUGUCAGAUGGUGAUCCUGUAUGCCACCCUCUGUAAAGAAAAUUUUGCUUGUAGUGACUCAGAAUACACGUUUUUGUCUUGUUUUUGUUUUUUUUCCUUACCUUUCCCUUGAUUUGUUGAAAGAGAACUGGAUCUCUGGGUUAAACAAUGUUAGAUAGCCAUACGGCAACUGUCCCUAAUUUUAAAUUGGAGAAAUGAGAUCUUUAUAUAAUAUUAGGCAAUGUUUUGUUA